AAAUAAAACCAAUCGCUUACUUUCUCUUUCUAUACAUACACAAAUACACACAUAUCACCUCUGUCGAUUUGGGUUUUUUUCAUCUCUCAAUCCCUAGAAAUCCUACACAUUCCUUUUUCAAUUCUCGAUUACCCCUUUGAUUUUUCUUCAAAAUCUCGGCACCCGUUUUCUUAAAUUCCCCUAACUUUAAAAACCCUAGUUCACUUUUUUGGGGAAUUGCAAGUUAGUGUUAGUAUAACACACUAGUACGUAAUAAAGUUUGUAUCUUUUUUGUGCAGAUUCAUGUUUUUGUGCUAGGUUUUGUGUUUUAAGUCUCAUUUAAGUAGAAGUUUAUAGCUCUUCAAUGCUGGAGGCAGUAUGCAGGUGAUAGCUUUUGGAAAUGCAAAGGUAUCAUGCAACCAGCAGCACUAGUGCGGUCAAUAACAAUGCUAUUGGCGGGAGAUCAGCUAAGGAUUCAUCUCGAUCUGAGGCCUCUCCGGUUACCUCAAACUUUCCUCUGAACUCAAGGCGGCAAAUACAGGUGACUCCAUACAAACUAAGAUGUGAGAAAGAAUCGCUUAAUUCACGGCUCGGGCCACCUGACUUCAACCCACCAACUCUGAAUUGCCCCGAGGAGACACUUACCAGGGAAUAUGUACAAUCCGGAUACAGGGAGACUGUUGAGGGACUCGAGGAAUCUAGAGAGAUCUCAUUAUCACAGGCCCAAGCUUUUUCUCGACCUUUAGUCUUAAAGUGCAAAGAGUCAAUCAGAAAAUAUCACAGGGCCAUUAAUGAAGCUCGUGCACGAAAACGCAAGGAGGGCCAAGUUUAUGGAGUUCCCCUCUCUGGUAAUUUAUUGACCAAACCAGGUACUUUUGUGGAACAAAAGCCAUGUGGAGAGGACUUCAGGAAAAAAUGGAUGGAGGGUUUAUCUCAGCCGCGUAAACAGUUGCGUUCACUGGCUGACCAUAUUCCUCAUGGUUAUAAGAAGACAACCCUUUUUGAAGUCCUAAUCCGGAAUAAUGUUCCUAUACUACGGGCAACUUGGUUCAUUAAAGUAACCUAUCUUAAUCAGAUUCGUCCGGGAUCAUCCAGUACUCCUGAGAAGACUCAGUAUACCCGGUCUGAGCAGUGGACAAAAGAUGUGAUUGAUUACUUGCAGCACCUUCUGGAUGAAUUUGUCUCGAAAAGUAAAUCGCUUCCUAUUGUAAAUGUCAGAGACCGGGCAUCACAAAUUUCUUCUGGGUCAAUGCAUCACAAAAACGGGAAAAUAUCAUCCACGGUCGAUAGCGAGGAUCCUCCCUUUCAAUUUAAAUGGUGGUAUGUGGUGCGGAUUCUGCAAUGGCACUACUCAGAGAAGUUGCUUGUUCCUUCUCUCAUCAUUGAUUGGAUUCUUAAACAGCUACAGGAAAGAGAAUCACUUGGGAUAUUGCAGCUGCUAAUGCCCAUCUUAUAUUCUGUCUUAGAAACAGUUGUCUUAUCUCAGUCAUAUGUUCGCAAAUUAACAGGAUUAGCCCUUCGUUUCAUCCGUGAACCUUCUCCGCGUGGUUCUGAUCUUGUGGAUAACUCACAGAGGGCAUACACAGUCUCUGCUCUGGUGGAGAUGCUUCGGUAUUUACUACUUGCUGUGCCUGAUACUUUUGUUGCUUUGGAUUGCUUUCCGUUGCCGUCUUGUGUAGUAUCUCAUGUUGUAACUGACGGGGGAAUCCUGACAAAGUUAUCUGAGGAAUCAAGGAGAGAAAGAGAUGGUCCAAUGGAAAUUUCUUGUGUGGGUAGAGACAGAGGGCUUGAGGUUCAGGGUCAGCCAUUGUCCAUUGAUUGUGUUGUUUCAUCGAUCCAAAAACGGGCAACUAAUCUUGCCCGGGCUGCAAGACCUAGCCAUCCUGGUCAUAAUGUGGCUAAAGCUGUACAAGCAUUGGACAGAGCUCUGAUAAAGGGUGAUGUCACAGUCGCAUAUAGAUUUCUCUUUGAAAAGAUUUGUGAUGGAGCUGUUGAUACAAGGUGGAUGACUGAAGUUAGCCCAUGCUUACUAUCAUCACUUAAGUGGAUUGGCACAAUUAAUUUAUCGUUUCUUUGCUCCGUGUUUUUCAUUUGCGAAUGGGCAACGUGUGAUUUUAGGGAUGUACGGACUGGCCCAAUUAAAGGACUAAAAUUCACUGGGGGGAGGGACUUUUCUCAAAUAUAUAUUGCACUGCGACUUUUGAAGCUUACAAAACAGAGCAUACAAAGUUCAGUGCGAGGCAGGAGCGAUUACAUCUCAGAAAUUGAUGACCCUGUGGGAGGCACUGGUCAUCUGAAUAAUUUUUUUGAAAGGAGAUCUUCUAGGAAUCUUUCUGAGCUAAAAAGGAAAUUAAAGAGUUUAGAAGGGAAAAGGAAGGAUUUGUCUGAAGUUUUUCAAAGCCCAGGUCCUUUGCAUGAUAUCAUAGUAUGUUGGGUCGAUCAACAUGAGACACAAAAUGGAGAAGGUUUUAAGCGCCUACAACUACUUGUUAUUGAGUUAACCCGUUCUGGGAUAUUCUACCCACAGGCAUAUGUAAGACAGCUUAUAGUUAGUGGAAUCAUGGAUGACCCUGCUGCUGAUUUGGGAAGAAGGAUGAGACACUACAAAAUUAUAAAGCAGCUUCCAGGUCCCUAUGUUUGUGAUGCUUUAGAAGAAGCACAAGCUGUUGAAACGGAAUUGAUGGCAGAAGCCAUGCAUGUUUACUCUAAUGAACGCCGAUUUGUGCUUUCGGGACUUAUUGGUAAUCGCAGAAGUAAUAACGGGAAAAAUAAUUCAUCUCGGAAACGAAAGAAAUAUUUAAAUUACGGCAUAGAUAAUUCUUUAUUAUUGGCUGCUGAUCAGCAUACAAAGGAUUCAUCUUCAAGCUAUUCAUCUGGGAAAAAUGUGAACAGUGUUGCUCACCUGGAAGAUUUAAAGGUAUCAAUCUCAAUGUUGUUGCAAUUCCCAAGUUUUUCUUCUACAAGUGUAGAUGCGGGGAGUGUUGAUAUGCAGGGGACUAAUAAGAAGUCUGUUGGGUCAGUAAUCCCCAUGAAUGACAGUGGCGAGGGAACACCUGGAUGUGAAGAAUGUAAAAGGGUAAAGAGACAAAAGUUAAAUGAUGAGAAGUAUCUGCCAGUUAAUUCCCCUAAUCAAUUUGAUGAUGAAGACAUGUGGUGGGUGAAAGAAGGGUCCAAGUCAUCUGAAUCUAAUAGAACAGACCUUCCUGUUAAGGCAACCAAACAGGCCUCACGGGGCAGGCAAAAGGUUGUGCGUAAAACUCAAAGUUUAGCCCAAUUAGCAUCUGCUAGAAUUGAAGGUAGUCUGGGAGCAUCUAUUAGUCACCUUUGUGAUAGUAGGAUAAGUUGUCCUCACCACAGAUCUGGUAAUGAUGUGGAUGCUUCUAAAUUGGCCGGGAUUGGGCUAUCUGCUGGGAACAUUGUUUCAAUUGGAAAAGCUCUAAAGCAGCUCCGAUUUGUAGAGAAGAGGGUCAUCUCUGUCUGGUUGAUGGCCACUGCAAAGAAGCUUGUUGAAGAGGCUGAGAAGGAUGUUGUCAAGGUUGGUCAAUACAGUAGACAGGUACCUGCUGCUGAUGACCGUGUAUCUUCACGAUGGAAGCUCGGAGAAGAGGAGUUGUCUGCUCUAAUUUAUUUGAUGGACAUCUCUUAUGACCUAGUUCCGGGAGUCAGAUUUCUGCUUAUGCUAUUACCUAAGGUUAGCCACAUUGCUUCAUUACAUGGAGGGAGAAACAGUUUCAUGUUGCCAAGGAAUGUGGAAAAUAAUGUCUGUGCCAUUGGGGAGACAUUUCUUUUAUCAAUUCUGCGGAGGUAUGAAAAUAUGCUUGCUGCAACUGAUCUUAUACCUGAAACGCUGUCAGCCUUAAUUAAUCGUGCUACAGUUGUUUUGGCUUCAAAUGGAAGGGUUGCUGGUUCACCUUCACUGGUUUAUGCUUGCUAUUUGCUGAAGAAAUAUAGAAAUGUGAAGAGUGUCAGUGAGUGGGAAAAAAAUCUUAAAGCAACGGGUGACAAGCGACUCAUUUCGGAACUUGAGUCUGGAAGAUCAUCUGAUGGUGAAUAUGGAUUUCCUUUGGGUGUUCCCGCUGGAGUUGAAGAUGUUGACGAUUUUUUACGUCAGAAAAUUACUGGUAUCCGAGCAUCUAGACUCGGUUUGAGCAUGAAAGAUAUAGUGCAAAGACAUGUUGAUGAAGCAUACCACCACUAUGGCAGAGAGAGCAAACUUAAUUCUGGCGGUACAUUUAAAGACCACCCUUCUCUGGAGAAAGUAGAUGAUGGGCAUCAAAUAGCUCAACAGACUGUAAUGGGAUUAAUGGAAUGCAUUAGGCAAACUGGUGGGGCAGCUCAAGAAGGCGACCCUACUUUAGUUUCUUCCGCUGUUUCUGCAAUUGUUAACAACAUUGGGCAAGUUAUAGCUAAGAUGCCUGAAUUAACAGCCGGUGGGAAUUCUCUGUCCUCUAGUCCUUCACUAUGCUUUGCACGUCGGACUUUACGCAUUCAUAUAAAUUGCCUUGCAUUACUUAAGGAAGCACUUGGAGAGCGUCAAAGUCGUGUCUUUGAGAUUGCUCUUGCAACAGAGGCUUCCUCAGCCAUUGCCCAACUGUUUGCUCCUGGAAAGAAUCCCCGUGGUCAAUUUCAUAUGUCUCCUGAAGCACAAGAUUUCAAUCCAAACUCAUCUAAUGAUGCAAUAAAUAAUACAAAACCUGUUCUUGGUAGGGCUGCAAAAUCCACAGCUGCUGUUACUGCACUUGUGGUUGGAUCGAUUCUUCAGGGAAUCGCUACCUUGGAAAGAAUGGUAACUGUUUUCAGACUAAAGGAAGGUUUGGAUGUAGUUAAUUAUGUUAGGAGUAUGAGGUCAAACUCAAAUGGGAACUCGCGUGUAGGGGCAUUGAAGGUUGAAAACAUGAUUGAAGUUUCUGUUCACUGGUUUAGGGUUCUUGUUGGGAACUGCAGAACUGUUUCUGAUGGAUUCCUUGUUGAGCUUUUAGGUGAAGCUUCUGUAUUAGCUUUGUCGAGAAUGCAGAGAAUGCUUCCACUCAGCUUAGUGUUUCAACCUGCUUAUUCCAUUUUUGCGUUUAUAGUGUGGAGGCCAUUCAUUUUAAAAUUCAACACUAUAGCCCGAGAAGAUCCCCCACAGUUGCAUAACUCCUUGACAUUGGCAAUCAAUGACGUCAUCAGACACCUGCCUUUCCGUGAUGUUUGUCUGAGAGAUACUCCUGGUUUUUAUGACAUUGUGUCUGCAGAUAGUACCGAUUCAGAAUUUGCUGCCAUGCUAGAAUUGAGUGGGUUGCAUGUGCACUCAAAAGCCUUGGCAUUUGUCCCUUUGCGGUCUAGACUCUUUCUAAAUACCAUGAUUGAUUGUAAAUUGCCGCACGUGUUUGCACAGGAUGAUAGGAGUCGGGUUCCUGGACAUGGCGAGUCAAAACUUCAUUAUGCAGAAAAUGAAGCAAAAAUUCUGGAUAAAUUGGUCCAUGUUCUGGACACUCUGCAGCCUGCCAAAUUCCACUGGCAGUGGGUUGAGCUUAGACUUCUUUUGAAUGAGCAAGCCCUAGUUGAAAAACUGGAAUCUGAUACCCCUCUAGCCGAGGCUAUUCACUCAUUAUAUCCAGAUCCUGAUAAAGUCGCUGCUUCUGAGAAUGAGAAUAAUUUUAUUGAAAUCAUCCUUACAAGGUUGCUGGUAAGACCUGAUGCAGCCCCCCUCUAUUCAGAGGUGGUGCAUCUUUUUGGGAGGUCACUUGAGGAGUCGAUGCUUUUGGCAACUAAGUGGUUUCUCAAUGGCCCUGAUGUUUUGUUCGGAAGGAAAUCUAUCAGGCAAAGGCUUAUCAAUAUUGCUGAAAGUAGAGGUCUGUCAACUAAGGCUCAAUUCUGGAGGCCAUGGGGAUGGUGCAGUUCUAAUUUUAAUCUUCCUAAAAGUAAGAGUGAGAAGGGGAAGUUUGAUGUCUUCUCUUUUGAAGAAGGCGAGGUAGUUGAAGAAGGAAUUGAUUCGAAUCGUAACAUCAAAGUGCCAUCAAAAAUUUUAGAUGUCAAAACUAAUUUUGUCUACCAGCAACAUGAAACUGAAAGAGCUCUAACUGAAUUAGUUGUUCCAUGCAUUGAUCAAAGCUCUGAUGACUCUCGCAACACUUUUGCUAGUGAUUUGAUCAAGCAGAUGAAUACAAUUGAUCAGCAAAUAAGUGCAGUUACUCGUGGAUCAAGUAAGCAACCAGGAACUGUUACUUCUGGGGUUGAGGCAUCUUCGGUUAAAGGAAAUACGCGCAAGGGUGCAAGAGGCGGCAGUCCUGGGAUAGCAAGACGAUCUGCAGUACCAGUUGAAACUGUACUUCCUUCCUCUUCUGCUUUACGAGCUUCCAUGUCAUUGCGUUUGCAGUUCCUCCUGAGAUUGCUUCCUCUUGUGUGUGCAGAUAGGGCGCCUUCGGGUCGUAAUAUGAGGUACAUGCUUGCUGCUGUGAUUCUCCAUCUUCUAGGAAGUAGAGUUGUGUACGAGGAUCUAGAUCAGUCCAAUUUAACAUUAGAAAUGUCAUCAAAGAGGGAGGUAGAGUUGAUGGUGGAUGCUUACUCUGCCGCUUCUGUAGAUUUAUCUGGUGAGAAUCUCUUUGAUCGGUUGUUAUCAGUGCUGCACGUAUUAUUGAGCAGCUGCCAGCCAAGUUGGUUAAAGUUGAAAUCCAACUCAAAAUCAGCCAUUGAAUCUGUCAGGAGCUGCACUGUUUUCGACCGGGACGUGGCAGAGAGCAUGCAGAAUGACUUGAAUAAUAUGACAUUACCAGACAUUAUCCGUUGGCGCAUUCAAACUGCAAUGCCAGUUCUUUUCUCUUCAUUUCGGUGCUCUAUCUCGUGCCAACCGCCAUCUGUCUCUGCUUCUGCACUUGCUGCUUUACAGCCCAGCACCUUAGUUUCAGGACUCCAUCCUGGAAAUAUAAACCAGAGCCAGAGAAAUCUGGGUGCUUCAGCACGAGGCACCACUCAAGGAGCAGGAAAGAACAAGCCUUCUGCCUUGCAGCAGGACCUGGGUAUGGAAAUGGAUCCCUGGACUCUUUUGGAAGAAGGAACAGAAUCUGGCCCAUCAUCAAGCAACACUGCCAUAAUGGGUGGCAGUGACCAAGUGAAGGCGUCCUCCUGGCUAAAAGGGGCUGUUAGGGUGAGACGGAUGGACCUCGCAUAUAUUGGUUCAGUGGACGAGGACAGCUGAUAAUUUUUGGGCUUCAUAUCUUACAUGCAAAUUCAUUCUUUUGUUAGCUGACGAAGGGAAAGGAGCUCGGGAAGAGAGCAUUUGAUGCUGCAAACAGAACCUGAAGAAUGAAGAUCUACUCUAGAGCCACCAACCUGCCUUUUGGACCUUGCUCGAUUACUAACCCCAGAUCGAUCUUUGGAUGUGGCAUUUGUAGGUGCAGUUCAGAGGUUUGUAACUUUGUAUAUAGGGAGGUAAUCGUCUCCCUUAAAUUUAGCUAAGCCCAAGCAUCUCCCCAUGAGCUGUUGUUGUUUCAUUGUCAUUGUUAUCUAGGUACAUUCUUACCAGAAUCUCUCCAUAUAGGAUAAAUGCAUCCAUAUAUAUAGAUUUUGCGUUUUCAGAAGGCUAAAGUGCGCAAAUUUGCUUGGUUCAGUUAAUUCUAAUUGAAAUCUGUACUAGUUUCUUAACGUCCGAAAUUUGUUUUACUAGAAUAGACUAGAAUAGCUGUGUUAUACUCCCUUGUAAGAUACUAAUUAAGCAGUAAUAUAUAGGGUUGGCUUCUUCAGCUUAUCA